AGAGCGCGGCCGGGUUCGGCUCCCCGGGUCCCUCCCGCCUCCCGCCCCGCCCCGAGGGCGGAGACCCGCGGCCCCGACCCGGAACUGCAGGCGGCGGCGGCUCCGCGAGGUGCCCGGGCCGGAGUUGCUGUGUGGGGCGGGGAAGGUUCCGCGCAGGAGCCGGAGAACCGGGACCAUGGCGCCCCCCAAAGACGUAGUGAAAAUCGCCAUUCAGAUGAUGGGAGCCAUCCCGCAGCUCAUCGAACUCAACCAGACCAAGCCCCUGGCUGCGGUUGUGAAGGAGGUUUGUGACGUGUGGAACCUGGGCAACGCCGAGCACUACGCCCUGCAGUACGUGGACGGGCAGCAGACGUACAUCACCGAGUCGAACCGUGCGGAGAUUAAGAAUGGGAGCAUUCUGCGGCUGACCACUUCUCCGGAUCAGGAGGCAGAGCGGCUGCACAGCGGGAUCCGGAGUCACAACCUGGACGUGAAGGCAGACUCCCUGAAGAAGCUGGCGAACCUCUCCCGAGACAUCACCUUUGCCCAGGAGUUCAUCAAUAGGAACGGCCUGAAACAGCUCUUCCUUAUUGUGGAAGAGGGGAACGAUAUAGGGGAGAUUCUAGCUCACACCCUGAAGGCCUUCAUGGAGCUGAUGGAGCACGAUUUUGUCUCCUGGGAGACGCUGAGUCCGGCCUUCAUCAAAAAAAUAGUGAGGUACGUCAACACGGGUGGGAUGGACGCCUCCGUCCAGCAGCUCUCUCUGUCCAUCCUGGAGAACAUGGUCCCGAGCAGCCGCCCCCUCUUUGAGCUGGUCAAACAUGAAGUGACCCUGGAUCGCCUCCUCGCCCACCUGCAGGUGACCAACCAGCAGCUGCAGCUCAAAGCCAUGGCGCUGCUCAUCGCCCUGCUGCUGAAUGCCAGCGACACGGAGAGGAGGGACAUGAUGGGCUAUCUGGGCGAGAGGAACAUCCGGCAGUUCAUUCACAAGAACAUUAUCCACGCCUCGGAGCCGAUGGGGGAUGAGAUGGCCCAUUAUCUCUAUGUGCUGCAGUCCAUCACCCUCAACCUGCUGGAGCGGAGGAUGCGGACCCCCAUGGACCCCUUCUCGCAGGAGCAACGGGAGCUUCUCCAGUUCCUGCGCCACAGCGCCUUCGAGUCGGAGAGCGAGCCUCCUGCCGGCACCGUCAGCGCCGAGCGCCGGCGCUCCGUGUGCGUCACCGACUUCCGCAAGCUGGGCUUCCAGAACUACAGUAACCCUGCCCAGGACCUGCACCGCGCGCCCCCGGGACUGCUGGCCCUGGACAACAUGGUCUUCUUCUCCAGACACUGCCCCAGCGCCUAUAGCAGAUUUGUCCUUGAGAACAGCAGCCGUGACGAUAAACACGAGUGCCCGUUUGCCCGGAGCAGCAUCCAGCUCACCCUGGCCCUCUGCGAGAUCCUGCAUGUCGGGGAACCAUGCUCGGAGACGGCCCAGGCCUUCUACCUCAUGUUCUUCGGUCAGGACCACUUCUUCCAGGAGCUCUUCUGUAUCUGCAUCCAGCUGCAGAACAAGACCUGGAAGGAGAUGCGUGCCACCCAGGAGGACUUCGACAAGGUGCUGCAGGUGGUCCGGGAGCAGAUCACCCGGACCCUGUCCCUCAAACCCACCUCCCUGGAGCUGUUCAAGACCAGAGUGAACGCGCUUAACUACAGCGAGAUCCUGAGACUGCGGCAGACGGAGCGGAUGCACCAGGAGGAGACGCUGGCCGUGCCCGUGCUGGAACUGCGAGAGAGGCUCAAGCCCGAGCUCCUGGAGCUGAUCCGCCAGCAGCGGCUCCUGCGGCUCUGCGAGGGGACCCUCUUCCGCAAGAUCAGCAGCCGCCGCAGACAGGAUAAGCUGUGGUACUGCCGCCUGUCCCCCAACCACAAGGUGCUGCACUACGGAGACGUGGAGCAGGGGGUGCAGAGCCCCCCCAUCGAGAGCCUGCCGGAGAAGAUUCCCGUGGCCGACAUCAAGGAGCUGCUGGUUGGCAGGGAGUGCCCACACAUGAAGGAGAAGGGCUCCGGGAAACACAACAAGGAUGUCCUGGACCUGGCCUUCUCCAUUAGCUACGACGUGGAGGAGUACUACCUGAACUUCAUCGCCCCCACUCGCUACGAGUUCUGCCUGUGGACGGACGGCCUGAACGUGCUGCUGGGCCGGGAGAUGACGAGCGAGCGAACCCAGAGCGAGCUCGACAUCCUGCUCUCCAUGGAGCUCAAGCUGCGCCUCCUGGACCUGGAGAACAUUCCCAUCCCCGACGCCCCUCCCCCUGUCCCCAGCCCCCCCAGCAAUUUAAACUUCUGCUAUGACUUCAGCCCCCACGAACAGUGAGGGCCUUCGCCCCGGCCACGGUGCUCUCGCUCCCUGAGCCAGCCCCAGCUCCCGGCCCUGCUAGCGGCAAGUCUGGGCCAGGGGGAGGAAGGGAAAACCUGGCUCCCCCCCCCCGUGGCCCCUCUUGCUGGGCAGAGAGCGAGUGGGGGAAGGGCUGGUGGGCGAGGAGACUGGCUCCGACCUGGGCUGUGAUCCCUUCCCCCCUUGUCCUGGUUCUGCCCUGAGGGAGCGGCUGAGCCUGCCCCUUCCCCGUGCUGCCCUGACCGAGUGGGGCUCACCCCAGUGCCUCACUGCCCCGGUGCUGCUGCUGUUACUGCACCAUGGGGAUGGCCUGGGGCUCCCCGCUCCCCACGGCAGCCUGCUCCUGGGGGGGGUUGACAGAGCCUUUGGCUGGUGCCAUCCUCCCGCAGGAGUCCUCAGCUGCUGCGCUGGUACGAUACGGGACACCUGGGCACGCCACGUGCACCAAGGUGGUGCCUGAGCCGGUACGAUCCUGUGCUGCCCCACGCUCCCCCUGCCGCUCUCUGGGCACAGGAUGCACAGUGAUAAGUGACAGCCUGGGCAGGGGGGCUGGUGCCUCUCCCUGGCCCAGUACCUGCUGAGGCUCGCGCUGCUGCUGGCUCAUCAGCCAGAGGCCUGGCUGACACUCAGCACCGCCCGAGGAUGUCACGCUGCAGGGCAGGGCCAGCUGGCGCCCUGAGCGUUGUCGUGGUGCCAGCAGCCCCCGUUAUUCUUUAUGGACAUGAGGGCGUUCGGGGGCUGCGGUGUUAAAGCUGCUGGGGCCAAAUGGCGGAGUGACUCACAGCACAAGAAAGGGAGUCGCUGCCGGUCCCCCCUGCGAGCCUGCCCGAGCUGGGCCUGCCCGCGCCUGGCUGGGGGCAGCGGAUGCUGGGCAGGGGAGGGCACCUGCUGCAGGCUCCGCUGUCACGCGGGGCUGAAGGCUGCACACUGGGAGUCCUGGCCAGGCUGCCAGCCCCCCACCCGACCUGUGGCUCAAGCUGCAUGAGGGGAGCCGAGCCGUCCCUGGUCCCAGCCCAGCACGGUCUGUCUCGCCCCUCCUACCAUCUCCCCCACCCCGCGACCCACUGCACCCCUCAGCCAGAAUGCUGCACUUACUAACCGGCCAGCCUGCUUCCCUGGCCCCUCGCCCUGCUCUGU